CCCGGUUUGGGUUCGGGUCCCGGUUCUGGUUCUGGUUCGGGUCCUGCCGCCGCCAUGCGGGCCGAGCUGCGCGGCCUCGCCGGGCCCGUGCCGCUGCCCGACGGGCAGCCCGUGCUGCUGGGCCGCGGGCCGCUCACCGGCGUCACCGACCGCAAGUGCUCCCGGCAGCAGGUGGAGAUCGUGGCCAACUACGCCGAGGGCACAGCCCGGGUCACACAGCGCGGGGUGAACCCCAGCUCGGUGGGGGGCUCGGUGCUGGCCCGGGGGGGCUGCGGGACCCUCACCCCGGGGCAGACGCUGCUGCUGGUGAACGGGAGGUACCCCCUGGUGCUGCACUUCGAGGGGACCCCCCACCCCAAAAAACGCCCCGCCAGCCCCCCCGAGGAGCCCCCCCCGGCCCGCAGAGCCCCCCAAAGCCCCUCCCGGGGGGGGUGGCAGAAACUGGGACCCCUCCUCAUCUUCACCCCCUCAGGGCUCCAGCCCAGCACCAAGAUUGCGGGGUUCGACCUGGACGGGACCCUCAUCACCACCCGCUCGGGGAAGGUGUUUCCCACCAGCCCCGACGACUGGAGGAUUUUGUAUCCUCAGAUCCCCAAGAAGCUGAAACAGCUGCAGGAUGAGGGGUAUAAGCUCGUGGUGUUCACCAACCAGCUGGGCAUCUCCCGGGGCCGGCUGCGCCCGGAGCUGUUCCAGGCCAAGGUGGAGGCGGUGAUGCAGCAGCUCGGGGUGGCCCUGCAGGUGUUGGUGGCCACGGGGCCGGGGAUUUACAGGAAACCUGUGCUGGGAAUGUGGGACCACCUGUGUGAGAAGGCGAACGAGGACGUGACGGUGUCGGUGCCCGACAGUUUCUACGUGGGGGACGCUGCCGGUCGCCCCCCGAACUGGGCCCCGGGGCGGAAGAAAAAGGAUUUCUCCUGCAGCGAUCGCUUGUUCGCUCUCAACGCGGGGCUGCGCUUCCUGACUCCUGAGGAAACGUUCCUGGGCUGGGCCCCGGCGCCCUUUGACCUCCCGGCCUUCGACCCCCGUGACCUGGACAAAGUUCCCCAGGAGGUGCCCGAGGCCGAGCUGGUGUCGGACAGGCCGGAGGUGCUGCUGACCGUCGGCUUCCCUGGGGCCGGCAAAUCCACUUUCGUGAAGCGGCACCUGAUCCCGGCAGGAUAUGAAUACGUGAACAGGGACACGCUGGGCUCGUGGCAGCGCUGUGUCUCUGCCUGCUCGGCCGCCCUGGCUCGGGGCCGCGCCGUCGUCGUCGACAACACCAACCCUGACCCUGAAUCGCGGCAAAGGUUCCUGUCCUGUGCUCGGGAGGCUGCGGUGCCAUGUCGGUGCCUCCAGUUCACAGCGAGCCUGGAGCAGGCGCGGCACAACUGCAGGGAAACAAUUUGUGGCCCCCGACCUCUCCGAAGGCUUCUCCCAAAUCCUCCAGAUCCCCUUUGUGCCCCAUUUUGGGGACCCCCCAGACCCCCAACGAAGGCGCCUCUUCUUCCAGUUCAGCGAUGGAUGAAGACCCCCACUGAACCCCCAAAUAAAGGCACUGCUCCUCCCCUAAUUUUUGGCUCUAAAUCAGAUUUAUUGUACAAAGUGGGGGAGAGGCAGUGGGAGAGGGACAGUGGGAGGGGGGUGUCACGGUGUUUCCAUGGAUUCACCCUCUGUGGAAAGAAGGGGAGAGGAGCUGGGUCAGGGACCCCCCAAUAUCCCCAAGUCCCCCCAAUUUACCCUUUUGCUCCCAUUUUUUUGCAUUUUUACCAUCCAGUUUUCAAUUAUUUUUGCCCCAUUUCUUUAAUUUUUAUUUAAUUUUACCAUUUUUUACU